CAUUGUGUCCAAUGUUUCUCCACAGAGCUGACUUGAGUCUUUCUCCUCGAACAAAACCAUUCUUACUGAGAUAGCUGAGAGUCGCUUUUCCUCUCCAAGACAGGAGGUGGACUUGGAGAACACAAUAAUGAUCAACACCAUGGAAUGCGCAGUGGACGCGCAAAGCCUGAUCUCCAUUUCUUUAAUGAAGAUCCACAACUCCAGGACGCAGAGAGGGGGGAUCAAGCUGCACAAAAACCUGCUAGUCUCCUAUGUGCUGAGGAACGCCAGGCAGGUCUACAUCAAGGAGAAAUACGCGGAGAUCUACAGAAUGCAGCAGUACGAGGAGGUGAUGACGGUCUGCAACGAGAUCCAGGAGCUGAACCCUCUGGAUCUGAACGCAGAGGACGCGGAUGAAGAGGAGCAGGCUCUGUCUGCUUGCUGCGGGGAUGAGGUGAGUCUGUGCGGCUCUGCGUGCCAGCGAGGCGCGGCGCAGCCAGCGGCGCACGGCCGGGCAGCUCUCCCUCUCUCCGGCUGCUCUCCUCUGGAGGACGCCGGUAAAGAACCAGAGCCCUGCUACUACAGAAGCUGCUGCAUGGAGGCUUCUCCUGUGUCACACUGUGACCAGUUUCCCGCAAACAACAGCACGCACUGCAACAAAACCACAGUGCUGGAUUUGGACACGCAUGUGGUGACCACGGUGGAGAACGGCUACCUCCACCAGGACUGCUGCUGUGACGCGCUCCAGUGCGGUCAGAGCGCGCAAUCCCCGGCCAAAAAACGGAAGGUUGAGUUCGGUUGUUGCUUAUCCGAUGUAGAGGAGGUGUCGGAUUUUACGGCGGCUCGCAAACGGGCGAAACGCGAAGACUGUUCCUACUCCUGUCCAGACUACACGGACACUUCCAACAUCUCCAACCUGAUCUCCAUCUUCGGCUCGGGGUUUUCAGGGCUGCUGAGCAGGCAGGCGGACUUGGAGCAGAUCUGUAGCAAGCAAGCUCUGGCCAGUCUGGGAGCAUGGACCCGGGCAAUUGUGGCAUUUUAAAUCAAACACUUUAUUAGGCUAUAUAGGGGAGACCAGGAUCAGUUGUUCCAUCUUUUUUCCCUCUAAAAGUAAAACAAUAACCAACCAAG